AUGAAAAACGGUAAUAAGGAAGUUAAACUGAUCUACAGAAAAUUAAAUGACAAUUUUUUUAUCAUAAAUAAGCCUGUCAAUUGGGUAUUAGGAAAAAGGCGAAAAAUAGACGAACAAAAAAAUGAUGGGAACAGUUAUUUUUUAAGUGACUACAUCGGUAGUUUAAAAAACGAAAUAAGAGAAAAAAACGAAAUAAGGGAAAAAAACGAAAUAAGAGAAAAUUACGAUUAUAUUACCAAUUUAACAAACUUAAGCAUUUCUGAAAAAAACGCGUUUUUAUACACAAACUCGCCACUAUAUCUUUAUAACAAUUUAAAUUCAAACUUGUUUUAUAAUACAAAUAAAAUAAAAAAUACUUCGAAUAUAUAUAACAAUAUUUUUGUAGAAAAAAAUUAUGUUGAAUCUAUACUAAAUCAUGAAUCUAAUACACAAAUAUAUUAUCCUUAUAAGCUCCCUAUAUAUAUAAGUGGGCUAGUUAUAUGUUGUAAUAAUUAUUUGAUAUAUAAAAAAUUUAUUCAAAUGAUAAAUGAAAAUAAGUUAAUACGAAAGUAUCGAUGUUUAAUAUCCAGCCCAUUUUCAUUUGUUGACACGAAAAGUAAUGAUGUAGGUAGCUUCAAAAAAAAUAAUACGACAUUUUUUUCAAAAGAAAAUAAACAAUUUAUUACUAAAAAUGUGAAUGUAUCAUCUAACCAUAAAUAUGAGACAAACAUAAAAAAUAAAAUAAAAUGUGAAAAUGAUAAAGAUGAAAAAAAUAUUUUUACUGAAAAGGUAUUUCAAAAUAUAUCGUCUUUACAAGCACAAAAAGAGGCAAGUAUUAUUUUUCCUUUUUAUAAUUUUUUUGAUGAAAAUAUAUAUUCCACAAAAUAUCUUUAUAAUUUAAUAGAUCUUGAAAUAGACAAAUUAAAAGACCAAAACAAUAAUUUAAAGGAUAAAAAAAAAUCUCAAAAUAAUAAAAAAAUGAUGACUGAAAAAUAUUUUAUUUCUACAAAUUUAGCUAAAAGUUCACCAAUCACAAGUUUAAAUAAUUUAACUUCUUUUCUUCUAAAUAAUAAUAAUGUCAAUACAACUAAUUAUGAUAACAAUAUUCAUUUGGAAAAUAUUUCUGAACAUGUUAAUUUAAAAAAAGACGAUUUUAGCCAAGGAACACAAAGAAUAAUGUGUUUUCAUGAAAAUGAAUUAAACCCUGAACCCUCAAAUAAAACGAAAGAACCAAAUGUUGAUUGUGGUGUUGAAUUAAAAAAUAAUUUCACAAAACAGAUAAUAGAUAAAGAAAUAGAUUUUCCUGUUUCUUUUUUUUUAAACUCAGGUAAUUUAUAUUUUUUAGAGAAAAAAGUUGGAAAAGAUUCUAAACAAUUUUCAAUGAUUUAUAGUAUAGAAAAUUAUAAAGAUUAUUUAAAAAAAAAUAAAAAUAUUAUAUCAUCAUUAUAUGAACAAAAAAUGAACAAACAAAAUUAUAUAAAUAAAAAUAGAAAUAUAGAAUAUAAUAUUAAUAAUAUAUAUAUAAUCGAUUUUGUAUUAUUAGAUAAUAUAAAGACAGAUCUUAUUCGUUUUUUUUUUAGUGAAAUGAAAACACCAAUAAUAUAUGAUAACAUAUUUUAUAAAAAUUUUUUUAAAAUAGAUAUAAUAAAUGAAAUUAUUACACAACAUAUAGACAAAGCUAUAGAUAAAAAUGUUUCUAAAAAAAAUUUAAAAGAUAUAUUAUAUGAUAAAUAUUCCAAUAAUACUGAAUAUAUAUAUAAUAAUUCGAUAAAAAAUGAGGAUAAAACAAUCAAUAAAUAUAUUUAUAUGAAAACCCCUAAUUUGUUUGAUUCAUUUACCAUUCCAUUUGAAAAAAAAAAAACUAUUAAAACUAAUGACGAAAAUAAAAUAAAAUUAAACAACUAUUUUAUAAAUGAAGAAAAUAUUGUAAAUUGUACUGACCAAAGUAGACAAAAAUGUAACAAAAAAGAAGAAUCACACAUUUCAAUAAAUAUUAAAAAAAAUAAUAAUCUUUGUUUAGAAUUAUAUCAAUUACAAUUUAUUGAUCCUAUUAACAAUGAUCAUAUAAUUAUUGAAAAUUCAUUACCCAGUUCUUGGCUAUAA